AAUAGUUUAAUAUAAUGGUAACUCUACACAGACGAAAAACGUAAAAAAUCUGGGGAUGAAAAAAAAUCUGCAAAUCAUUUAUCAAACGGUGUUAUUUACAACAGCCAUUGACAAACAUCACACGUCACAAAUACAAUGGAUGAAUGGGUAAAUGAUGAUGAAAUUACUGGAUUAGAUGAUUCAUACCUUUGGGAAACCAGAUUGAUCGAUCCUAAAGAUUUGGAAUACACCUUUCCAAAGCCAACUUUAUCAUUCGUCAUUUUUAGAAAUAAUAAUUGUAAAGAAACGAUUGAAGCUUUGUAUAAUGAAUUGGAUAACUUACUCAAGAUACUUAGACAUCAUUAUCCAUUUCGUUGUGAUCUUCCUCAAAUAGAAAUCAAAAAACAUAAAUAUAAGAAAUCAAGUAAAAAGAAAGAGAUGAUUAGUUACAUAUAUGGUCAAUUAACUUAUGAUGAUAGUACGAUUGAUGAAAACAUUAUGCAUGAUUUGAUAUUCAAAUUUUGCUCCAACCAUUUAGUAUUUGCUAAAGUAUUCAAUUCAGAAUCAUUUGAGAGUCUUUUAGUGAAAUAUUAUGAUGAGGGUUUAAAUGAUGAUUUGCUUGAUUCAAUGAAAUCAAUUAAUCGAGUAUGGAUUGUGGGUGACAAAAUUGUCACUAUUAAAGAUUCUGAGGAGGAUGAAGAGGACAAACAUGCCGAUAUAUUACCAUUAGCAACUGCAAUUGGUUAUAUGAAAAAGGGUGAAUUCACCUCCGAUCACAUUUUAGAGACCAAUGAUAUAUUAUCUCGUAAAAAGUUUGAGACUAGCCCAUUUGAUGAUUUACAGUAUGUUAUAGAUGUUGAUACAGUCAUGGAUGAUCCUGGCGUUCCUCUUUUUAACAUGAGUCCUUAUAUGAUUCCUACUGCAAUUACGAAAUUUAUCAACAAAGGAUUUACGCUAAAAGAUGCUGUUCAGUUCGACCCUGCUGAAAGAAAACCAAAACCUUUUAAAUUUUCAAUUGGUUAUUUAUCAUAUUGUGAAUUAUUAGCUUUACAUACUAAGAGACAACAAGAAUUAAAGAAUGAAGGGAAAGAUCCAAAUUCAAUUACGUUUGAAAUCGCUGUAUAUCAAAUCAUUUCAACGGGGAUGGUGUAUGUGGCAGGACAAGAUCCAGACAAAAUAACAGAAUCUAAUAAAGAUAAUGCAGCCUAUACCCAUAUUUUUAAUACUCGUAAUCAUUUACAAGAUAAGUUGAUUCAAAAAGGAUAUUUAAAUAAGAGAAUUCCUCCUACGGAAGAUUUUUUGAAAGAAAGUUUUAAGAACCCAAUAUCAAUCGAUCGUCAAGUUGAAGAAGUACAACAAAAAGUUCAUACAAGUAUUGAAGAAAUGUUGGCCAAGUUGACUUUAGGAGAAAUGAACCAACAUGACUUACCAAUAAAUCUCGAAGAUAUAUUUCUCGGUACUGAUGACCUUCUAUUUCCCCAUUCUUCUGAUGAUGAAGAAGACGUUUGGUUUGCGGAUCCAACUAUGGCUGAGGAGUUUGGAAAGUUGUCAGCUGAACUUCAAAAUGAAUUCCGAGAGGACGUGAGAGAUCAAAAGGAAGAGGAAUACAAAUACGACCCAGAUGAUCCUUUUGGACUCAAAAAAGAAGCACGUAAGCGUAAGGAGCAACUACAAGAACUCAAAGAACUUCAUAAACCAAAAGAUAGUGAUGAUGAAGCUGUUUAUAACAUAAUGUCUCGAUUGGUAAGAGAUAGACGAGGUAUAGAUGACAGAUAUUCUCAAAGAAUUUCUGAUGAAUAUAUUUAUUUUAAUGAUAUGAAUGAAUUAUAUUCUCAAGGUAUAACGCCUCGAGAAGAUGACUUCUAUCUUUAUUACCAUCCAGAAGAUCCUAAGUAUCAAUAUUAUUAUGAUCCUUAUAUCAAGACUGCUGAAGAAAUCAGCAGUGAGUAUAAAGACGUUACAGAAUAUACUAGUGAUGAAGAAGAUGAUUUAUACAGGCAAUGUCAUACGUUAGAGGAUUAUAACGAUAGUGAAAUAAAGUAUAUCAAGUUGAAAAGGAAAAUCCACUCUGAAUUAAGAACUAUAUUGGGGCAAGGCAAAGACGACAAUAGUGAUAAUGACUACAAUGAUGCUGAUGAAGAAGAAGAUGAUGAUGAUGUCGAAGAUAGAAUCAUUGAUGUCGAUAAUGAGGAAGAUGCAGAAGUGUACCGUGAUAUCGACAAUGAGAAGAAGGAGGCGAAUAAAUUCUUAAUUGAGGAGAUUUAAUUAAUAAUGUAGUUUAAUAAGAUCAACUGAUAUUUAGAAAGAAAUAAAAUAAAUAUAUUAUUGAUUAUACAAAAUUAAAUUAAAGAGAAGUAAACAUUAGACAAUACGUAGGAUGAGAAAUAUAUGCAAUGGAUUUUUGAAUUUUUAACUAUAAU